UUCAUUACGAAAAUAUCCGAAACAAUCCGGAAUGGUACUCAUAAUUUGAUGACGUUUUAUGCACUUCCGGUUAAAAAAAUGGCCACCCCUUGCAUUUUAUUUACUUCAUGUUCUGAAUAUUCUGUUGGAAACCUUCUUAAAGAAAUCCUAGAGGUUGAGUGUUUACCAGAAGGGAAGAAGGUGAUCGAGGAUAUAUUAAGUUAUGACUGGAGUAUUAAUACUAAAUAUUAUACAGCUGAUGUACGACUAUGUAUGACAAAGAAGAGGACCAUAGGAGAUAAGCAGUUUGCAGAGUCAGUACAUGCUUUUGUGGUCUUCUUCAAUGCUGAAAAGAAAGAAAGUUUUGAAUCAGUAAAACUAUGGAAUGCUUAUCUAAAGGAGAUAGAUCCAGAGAUUAAGAUGUUAGUAUGUGACAGAUGCUUGGAUGAUUCUGCUGUUGGUCGACUUGAAGUACAGACAUGGUGUAUAGAUAAUGGGUUUGAACUGGUUGAGUUGAAUCCUGAAACUGAGAGUGACAGUGAAACUGAAGAUGAUUUCCUGGAGACUACAGGUAUUAAGAGGAUUGUGCAAUCUCUACAUGCUCACACGUGGCCAAAUCUAAAUCUCAAAGACGAACAGCAUGUGGCGAGUCCAUUCAUGAGACAACUAAUGAAGGAAGAGCAUGAAGCAAAGCAAUUCAACAAUGACAAAAAUCUAUGUGACAGUAACAAUAGCAAAGAUUCUGAAAAUGAAACCAUUCAAAAUGAUAGACUGUGUUCUGAAAAUUCAAAAACAGACAAUUCUGAGAACCAGUCAAUAUCAUGUGAUGGUCAUGUGACUGAAGAAAAAGUUAAAAAUAACUGUGAUAAUAAUAAAAUGGAUGUUACUGAUGAAAAAACUGAUGAAAAUACUGAAGGAGCAUGUGGUAAUAGUAAAAAGGAAAAAUCGAAGAAAAAAGCAAAGACUCAGUCUAAAGAGGAAAGAUUAGACUCGCUGUUACCAUCAGAGGAUAUGGCGUUAUUUGAGGCACUUGGCAGUGAAGACCCUGGAGGGGAAUCUUUUGAGAAACUUUUUGAAAAAUUUGCACAUAUGAAAGAAAAGGCCAAUAAUCUUCCAUUACAAGAAAGAAAAAAAUAUGCAGAAAAUGUUGCCAUAGCAUUCUGGAGAGCAAUGGGAGGUGAUGAAGAUGAAAUUGGUGACCUUGACAGUGAUGGUUGACAUUCCUUUGAGAAUUGGGACCUUGAAAGUGAUGGUUGACCUUCCUUUGAGAAUUGUGACCUUGAAAAAGUGAUAGAUGACCAUUCUUUUAAAUAUAGGUGACCUUACAGUAAGGAAUAACCAUUCAGUGAAACAGGUGUCAUUGACAGUGAAAAAAUAACCUUUUAAUAAAAUAGGUAUCAUCAGCAGUUCAAAAAAUGUCUUUUGAUAAUUUAGGUUGGAACCAUUGGUGAAGAACACGUAAAUGCAGUUGUCCUUGAAAGGGUGAUUUUUCAGUGAAAUAGGUGACCUUGAAAAAAAAGAGAACUACUUUAAGUGAAAUGAUCUAGACAGUAAAGAAUUAACUUUCAGUGAAAUAGGUGGCAUUAACAUUUACAGAUGAUUAACUUGCAGUGUAAUGACCUUGACAGUCAAUAAUUAACUUUCAAUGAAACAGGUGACCUUGACAAAAAAUAAACUUUCAGUGAAAUAUGUGACCUUGACAGUAAAUAAUUAACUUUCAAUGAAACAGGUGACCUUGACAAAAAAUAAACUUUCAGUGAAAUAGGUGACCUUGACAGUAAAUAAUUAACUUUUAGAUGAAACAGGUGACCUGGACAAUAAAAAUAAACUUUCAGUGAAAUAGGUGACCUUGACAUUGAAUUAUGACAUUGUCAUUAUUGUAUUAUAAAGGAUAGUUACAGCAUCAACAAUUUGGAUAACCAGAAUUGUUGUUGUGAUAACACCUUGUCUUGUAAUAAUAAUGAAACUGCAGACAAAAAGUCAGAUUCAUUCAAAUCUAGAAAUUUACAAACAUGACGUCAAAAGUUGUUUAGUUUUGUCCAAAGACCGAGGUAAUAUUUGUCUGUCACAUUAACUUGAAUAAAAUGAAUGUAAUAAUAAAAGCCAAUCUGUUUAAUGUAGUAAAACAUUCCUGAAUCUGAUAUAUAUUUUUGUGCUUGGUAAAUUCAAAUAAUUUUUUCAUUCUUGUUGUUUUAUCUUUGAAUAUUUCAUGUUAAAUUAUUCAGUUGCAUAGGUAUUCAGUUACUGACAGUAACUUAUAAGAAUGUUGUAUGGCAAAGUUUCACACAUGAUAUCUUAACUGUGAUAUUAUGAUAUUAUCAUUUUGAAAGCUUAGUGCAACUUCAAACCUUUGACCUGCUGGAACCGGAAGUGAACAGUCUGUGCCACCAGUGUAGAGCGAGGUCAGCCUGCACAUCCCUGCAGUCUAUCCAGGUUCUAUACUGUUGGUAGUCCAAUUUUUGUAUUUUGGUACUGAAAUCCCUUAAACUUUGAAUGGACUGUUCCAAAUUAAAAUCUUAGGCAAUUCCAUUACACAAAUUCAGCAGGUUAAGGGUCAAGUUUAUUCUCGAUGUAUAUCUAACUAUAAAUAGAAGUUUUAUUUAUGCAUUUUGUUACAUAUACUUAUUAUUUUAUAUGUGAAUGUGGAAUAAAAGAAAGUAAUAUUA